AUGCUGCUGUCUCCUCAAGCAGAGAGGAACUGGGAGGGUCUGUGUUCAGUGCUUGAAGAUGUGCUGGAGGACCAGUCCCACAGGCAGCUGUUUGCCUUAGAGCUGGGCUCUGGAACUGGGCAGCAUGUAAUACGCUUUGCCCAGAAGAUGUCCUUUGUCACCUGGCAGCCAUCAGACAUCAAAGAGGAGUCACGGGACAGUAUCAAGGCAUACAUUGCUGCAACCCAUGCCAAGACAGUGCUGCAGCCUGUCCACCUGGAUGCCAGCGAACCGUGGGAGAAAUGGGCAGGUCUUCCUCGCAGCUCCUGUGAUAUUAUUAUUGCCAUUAACUUAUUGCAAUACAGUUCGUUCAAGACAGCACAGGGUGUUUUCAGUGGAGCAGGUCAGAUCCUCAGACAGAAUGGCCUUUUGAUAACAUACGGGGUGUAUGCUAUUAAUGGCAUCAUUACACCAAGCUGUAAUGAGGACCUGGAUGCAGAGCUUCGAAAAAUGAAUCCGGAGUGGGGUCUUCCAGACAUCGAUGUACUGAGACAGAUGGCCUACGGGAACGGGUUGCGUAUGGAGAGGAUGAUUGAGAUGGAAGAAUACUACAAAUGCCUCAUCUUCAGAAAACUUUAA